CCCGGAAGAUCAUGGCGCGCGAUCCGUUGGUGUGUUUUCCACGAGAGUCGCUUUGAUCGGACACACACACACACACACACACACACACACACACACACACAGAGAGAGAGAAGGCGUGUGGAGAAUGGAGUUCCCGGGAGGAAGUGACAGCUACCUGGCCAUCAGCGGCGAGGCGCAUCACUUCCUGUCCUCCUCAGACGUGCGGCUGUCCUCCACGUUCCCCGCCGAGACGUUUCACACUCCCAGUCUGGGCGAUGAGGAUCUGGAUCUGGACCCGGACUCGGCGCUGGGCGUCUCUGACGUGGUGUCUGACUUCGGAGAGCUGGGCGAGGACGGGCCGUCUGGGGUUCCCGGGAACGCUGUGGUCGGAGGAAACGAUCCGUCAUUCGCCUCGACCUUCGUGAGCACACCCUCACAGAGUCUGGAGCACCUGAGUCUGAACCAGCAGAGCGGAGGACCGAUGCUGGGGCCUGCACUGGGGAUGGAUCUCUCUCAGUUCAGCAGCUCUUCUCCCGAUGACCAACCAGACGUCCCGCUCAGCGACAUGAACCCCGGCCUGCUGGGACACAACCAGCUGACCACCAUCGACCAAUCAGAGCUCAGCGCGCAGCUGGGCCUCAGUCUGCCCCGCCCACAGUCACCUGACCAGCCGCUGUCCGCUGAUUCGCUGUCGGACUCGCUGCAGGACGAGGACGUGGACGACUUCAGACGGAAGAGUGCUCUGGUGGACCCCCCGCUGUCUCUGUCCGUCUCCCUCUCUGCGUCUCUGUCAGAGCAGCCGGCCGUCCCAGCAUCCUCCGCUGCUCCCGCGCAGAAGGGAGUCGGCGGGAAGAAGGGCAAGAAGAAGAAAGACCCGAACGAGCCGCAGAAGCCCGUGUCUGCGUACGCACUCUUCUUCAGAGACACGCAGGCCGCCAUCAAGGGCCAGAACCCCAGCGCCACCUUCGGAGAGGUGUCCAAGAUCGUGGCCUCCAUGUGGGACAGUCUGGGAGAGGAGCAGAAGCAGGUGUACAAGAGGAAGACGGAAGCUGCCAAGAAGGAGUAUCUGAAAGCCCUGGCAGCUUAUAAAGCCAAUCAGCUUCAGACGGCACAGCCAUCUAUUGAAGUGUUAGACGCUCCGGUGUCUCCUCCGGAACCCGUCACGCCGCCGCGCUCCUCCCGCAUCCAGUGCAUGCCCCCCGACAACAACACCAUCACCAACAUCUGCACCUCCAACAUCAUCCUGGACCUGCCGCAGGUGACCACGCGCUCGCGCACCGGCGCGCACAAACCACAGGCCCCGCCCCCCGCCAACAAGAUCCUCAUCUCCAAGCAGCAGCUGCAGUCGCCGCGGCAACCCCCGCCGCUCCAGCAGAUGCAGAACACGCCCCCUCCCCCGCGCCUGCAGCAGAUGCUGCAUUCCCCGGCUCCGCCCCCUCUGCAGGCCAAACCACGUGUGAUCGCCACGGCAACGCCGCCGCCGCUGCAGAUCAAGUUCGUCCCGGUCGCGCAGAGCGACGCAAGCGCACCGAUCAUCGUAACCACCGCAGAGUCGCCGGCCGCCGAGGUGCCGCCCCCCACUGCCAUAAUAACGGACCUGUCGCCGACGGCAACCGAGGAGGUCACUGAAGAAGGGAUGGAGGUGGAGCUGAACGUGUCUCUGACUCCAGACGCUCCUCCUGCAGACGCUCCCAGUGUGUGUGUCCGCGCCGGCUGUAACAACACACCCACAGAGAGCAAAGACAGAGAC